AUGAAUAUUAAAAUAGUAUAUAACACAAAAACACACAAAAUAUCACAAAAACAUCAAACUCUUGAAGAAAUCAAAAAUGCAAUAUUAACACUCUAUCCAUAACAAUUAGAAGGUGGAUUUGAUUUAUAUGUUACAUUGCAUCCUUGUAAUUCUUUUAAAUAUUUAAUAGAAAUGGAUCCAUUUAAAAUUUUAGAUGAUACAUGCUUUUAAAGAAUUAAAGAACUUUAUAAUUAAUUGAAAUGGCCAUCAAUCAAAUUUUUAGUUAAAGAUUUAAUAAAUCCUAAUCUAACAAAUGAUGAUCUAUCAAUACUAAAUUAGAGUGUGAUUGCUCAAUCAACUGUUUAAUUAUCUACAUUUAAUGAUCUUUUUUAAUAAAAACCUGAACCUAAACAAGAAGAAAUCUAAAAAAAGAAAGAAAACAUAGUAAAAGAAGAGAAUAAACCUGAAACCAAUUUUGUAUAAUAGUAUAUUCUAUUUUAUUAUAUUAAUUAGAAUUGUCAAUGAAAUAUAGAAAUAAGAAAUAUAAGAGUUAGAUUAUCAUUCAGAAGAAUUUAAAUAAUUUAUUAUAUAAUAAAUUGAUGAAAGAUUAAAAUAUCAUGGGAUAUUUAAGAAUGAGAUUUAAAAUCCUAAAAUUCCAGAAUAUAGAAUGUAAUUAUUAACUAGAGAUUUUUAAAUAUGUAAAUUUGCUAAUUAAAAAUUUGAAUUGUAAGUUGAAAUUAUCAAUACUUGUGAUUUCAUUUGGAGAAAAACAAAUGUAGUACUUAUGGGAGUUAGUGGAUAUUAUAAAAAUUUUUUAGUUUAAGUAUAUUAAUAAUCUAUUUAAUAGUUAGAACAUGAUAUCAAUCCAGGAUAAGUAGCUAAAUUUAUAUGCUUUUGUUAAAUGCCUAAUUAUGCAGUUUAUGAUUUAUCUAGUGAGUUUUAAGUAAUAAUACAUUAUUUAUUAGUAUAGUUGGCUUAUAAUGAUUAAAAUUAACGUAAGUUCUUUGGAGAUAAAGUAUCACUUAGAAUCACAACUCAAAUAAAUAAUGCAAAUUAGCAAAAUUAAAAAAAAAUAGAUUAGAAUAAAGUAAAAUUAUUGAUGGAUAAUGCAGAAAUUUCAAAAGAAUAAGCUGUUGAAUUUAUAUAGAUAUAUGGAGUAGAUAAUCCAAUAGAGGAAAUUAUUAUUGCUUAUUUUGAAUAACCAAAAUGA